UAAAUUGAUUCAAAGCUGUCAUAAUUUUAGGAAAAGAUAUGUUACAAAUUUCAAUUAGUUGAAUAAAUAACUUGAAACAAAAUUGCACACGGAAACCAUUGGAAGGUCAAAGAGCAAUACACGAGUGUAUAAAAUGGAUGAACGAAAUUUCCGUUCGAGUUACUAUGAAAAAGUGGGAUGUUAUUCCGUUGAAGAAAAGAAAUCGCUAAAUAAACUGCUCCAAGACAAUAUACGUAAUCACUCAAAAUUAAAACAGUUUUGUUUAAGUUAUACUGUACCAACGGCACAACGUGGCCUAUUGUGGAGUAUUAUACUUGGUGUAUUACCACUACACAAAAACUCGAUGGAUUAUAUAUUACUACAACGCACUGCCGUUUAUGAGGACUUGCACCGCGCAGUCACUAAAAUGCAAUAUAUCGAUCAAAACUCACCGAAAAGUAAAGUGCUGCAGACAAUGUGGCUAUUGGAAAAUGGUCGACUGUUGCAUCCAUUAACCGGUCCACCGGACGAUGAUAACAAUUUUAUGGAAAUUGUUAAAGUACUUUUACAAAUAUUUGAUAAUGAUGUGGAGACUUAUUGGAUAGCCAAAGAGUUUUUUGCAUGUACAAAAGGAAUACAGCAAGAAUGUGCAAAACUAAUGGAACUCACACAGACGUUGUUAAAGCGUGAGGACAUUGAAUUGAAUAACCACUUGGAGAAACUGGGUGUGUUUAAUACUGGGGAAAUAUUAGAAAAAUUAUACGUAACCUGCUUCGCUGGAGUCAUAACUGAUACAGUAUUAGUAAAAGUGUGGGAUAAAAUAUGUGGCGGGUCGAGAAAAAUUGUUGUCUUUGUAUUCUUGGAUUUAGUUAAAACGCUGAGAAAUCAUGUGUUGGAUUGCAACUCGAUACUUGACUUAAAAACACUAAUUGAACAGGUAAAGGACCAAGACGCCACCAUAGUUAACAAAGCCAUUAAAACUUGGCAAAGUAAUAAGAACCACAACGAGAUUACUGUGCACUGAUAAACAAAAUUU